AGAGAGAGAGAGAGAGAGAGAGAGAGAGAUUUACAGACACACACGGAAUAAAGUAGCAGCAUUUAUCAGAGCAGUCUCUCUCUUCCGACACUGAGCUGAGAGUAAACGCGAGCGAACAGAUCUAGAUCUCACAUCAAGUUCUCCCAUUCAACUUCUCAAAUCCCACAUCUCAGGUUUACUACUAUAAGUAGAGAAUUAUGUUGUCAAGGAGGCCAAACACGUCUCGACGCAUUGCUGAUGGCGGAAGCAUUUCAUUUGUGGGCUCAUUGCACCCCAAAUCUCGUCCAUCACCGCUUUUAUCUCUUGGACUUCUGGUUGUGGGUGCGAUCCUGAUAAUUGGCUAUGUGUAUAGAGGUUCAGGUGGAAGCAAUGCAGAGGCUUUAAGUAGGCUUGAAGGUGGUGUUUCAUGCGGAUUAGAAGUUCAGAGAGCAUUACCCAUUCUGAAGAAAGUAUAUGGUGAUAGUAUGCGUAAAGUAUUGCAUGUAGGCCUUGAUACCUGCUCAGUGGUCUCUAAGUUAUUAAAAGAGGAGGAUACUGAGGCCUGGGGUGUGGAGCCAUAUGAGUUAGAUGAUGCUGACAGUAGCUGCAAGAGACUUGUGCACAAAGGCAUUGUGCGCGUGGCUGAUAUCAAGUUUCCUCUUCCCUACCGGGCAAAGUCAUUUUCUCUUGUCAUAGUGUCUGAUGCUUUAGAUUACUUGUCCCCAAAGUAUCUUAACAAGACUCUUCCAGAAUUGGCAAGGGUAUCUGCAGAAGGUUUUGUUGUCUUUUCUGGGUAUCCAGGUCAGCAUAGAGCUAAAGUGGCUGAGCUAUCCAAAUUUGGCCGUCCAGCCAAAUUGCGUAGCUCGUCUUGGUGGAUAAGGCUUUUUGUUCAGACCAGUUUAGAAGAGAAUGAAGCUGCCACGAAGAAGUUUGAGCAGGCUGCAGCCAAGAGGGCAUACAAGCCAGCCUGCCAAGUUUUCCAUCUCAGAUCAUACCAUUAAAAAUAGGACUAUCGUACAGGUUUGUGGCGAAACAGGUGACAACAAGCAUCUCAACUCCCCACAAUUAAAUUAUUUUGGUGGAAACUACAUUGCCUCCUGUAAAAUGUAUUCGUUUUAAGCUAUGUAUUUGUUAUAAAUAUUACUCACUGAGCUGUCUUUUAUAUAAAUAUUCCUGAGGAAAAUGAGUGAACAGAUGGGAUGAUCAGCGUGCUGACAUCAUUUAGGAAUUUUUUUAAGGGUUAUUGUAAGCACCCUUAAAAGAUCGUUCAAAUUUUAAUUUGUAUCCCUAAAGAUUAAAAAUCUCAAUUUGUACCUUCAAAGAUAAAAAUUUGUAUUAACGUGCACCUCAAAGAUUAAAAAUUUUAAUUUACAUCCUCAAAGAUAAAAAUUUGUAUCA